AUGAACGGCGCCUCUUUCCAGUUCACGCAUGGACCUGCUCUGAUGGGUUUGGAAGUCUUCGCCAAGUUCACCAGGGGUAGCACGGGUCCCAGCGGACUGCUCGAAUGGAAUCGCGUCCGCGUGUUCUUCGUCGAAUCACAAGACUCGAGUGCGGAGAAGUCCCCCAAGAACGCUGAUCAACGCGACGGAAGGUCUGGGGGGAUUGAACUCUGA